AAGAUGAAAUGGAAAUUGACUUGAAAAGUUUCUUUGAAAAAGCCUAUCAUGGUAGUAUAGAUGUGGAAGACCUACAUGUAAAUACAGAAACAGUAACAUUAGAAGUGGAAAACAAUUUUGAUAAUUUUGAUUAA